GGGAAAAGAGAAGAAAGGGAAAGAGGGGUUGAGAUAGUUGGCGGUUAAAAAAACGAUCGGAGCGUAACCGUCAUCAACGUCUGCAAAACCCGCACCAUUCACCACCACAACGGAACCCUAACUCGAUUUGAACUCUGCCUUUGGUUCCGCUUCAACAAUCUCCUUCUCUUAUUCCUUUAAUAAUACUCAUCAUGGAUUGAUUGAUGAGAAUCGAGCUAGGCUACGUUGUUAUGGGUGAGAGAAGUUUGAUGAUUGUUUCUCACGAAAUCCCUCAACGAUCUCUCAGCAGUUUUUCCUACGACAGGCUUCCUUCCCAAACGCUCAUCCUCUCCAUCCUCAAAUUGGAUGCCUCUUCCUUCCAUGUUGAAGUUGCAAAUGCAGCAACUGUUGCAGAACUUAAGCAGGCGGUGGAGGCAGUUUUCUCUCACGUGCCUCAGAAGGGCCCGGGGAAAAUAUUAUGGCCACUUGUUUGGCGGCAAUUUUGCUUAUGCUAUCAAGGACAGAAAUUAGUAUCAGAAAUGGAUUAUAUUAGAGAUUAUGGCAUCAAGGAUGGUGACCAACUUCAUUUUGUGUACCAUGUAUCUGACACUUGCAGUUUCGAGAGAAAGCAGUCCAAGAAACGAGUUGUCAAUUUGAAACAGCACAUGAGGCGCAGGUCAUCAUCAAAAGUGAAUAGAUAUCAACAGAAAGAACAUAACGAUGACAAAGACAUUGAUUUGGAUGAUAUAGUCAUAGAGAAUGCGAGGAUCCAGCAUUGCAAUAAUGCAGAAGAAAAUGGAGGAGGAAAGCGAAGCUUAGCUGGCAUUUUAGCAGGGUUGUUCUCACACAGUCGGUUGGCAGUUGUGAGCAGAGCUAGAAUUGAGAGCAGGAUUUGCUGCUCAAUGAUGGCUAGAUUUAUAGUGAGCAGUUUUAGGAAAAUUAGAAGAAUUUUACGCUAUUGCAGGAGGCAGCAUUACUCUCGGAGACCCACAUGGGCAGAAUAUUGAUGGACUUCUCAUUUUAAUGAUUUUAACCUCUUCUCCUUAUACACACUGUAAAGAGUUUUUCAACCGCACGUGCUUUGGUUUUUUUUAUUGUCUUUAGAGAUAGAGACAAUAAUAAUAACUUUGCUGGACGAAACAGUGGCAUGUACGGUUGUACCAUGUUGUAGUUGGAGUUUCUUCAUGUCCCUGUACAGAACGAUGCCUUGGGAAUUGUAGUUGAGUCCAUCAUACAAAGUAUAUCAUCCAUGGCAUGCUUUGAUGUUACUUAGUUGCUGCAAUUGGGGUCUCAACAUUACCUGCAACGGAAUGCUUUUUCGGCUGCUUUAAUAUGUUACUGAGGAUACUUUCCCCACUCCGCUUUUAUCACCCAAUUUGUGCCAAGGCAGAGAAAGACAUUAAAAAUUGUAGGUUUGUUUAACUCAAUUGCAGUUUUGAUUUUGAUCAUGACAUUCUUGUACACUUAUUUGAUUGUAAUGCUACGUUUUUUAUUUUAAAAAAAUAUAUUCGGUCCACAU